CUACAGACUCACUCUGGUAGAAUCUGAGUUGCUGCAGAGCUACUGUUCAAAUCUGUCACUGAAGAGGAAAUGAUCUGUUGAUUCUGUUCUGCCGGGUGAAACGUAGCUGACCCAGAGAUGACCAACAACUCCACCAACCACGUCUGUAAUCCAGUCAACAAAUCAUCUCUUCCUGGAUUCAUAUUCUUCUACAGUUUGGUGUUUGUGGUGGGUUUGAUCCUGAACAGCUACACCUUGUGGUUCCACCUCUGCCGCACUCGGCAGAAAGUCCCUAAGAGCUGGAUGAUCUACCUGAAGAACCUGACAGCAGCCGACUUCCUGCUCUGCCUCGGACUUCCCCUCCGCAUCGCUGACUAUGCAGGCAGGUCCGACAAAGUUCACCUGUUCUACUGCACCUUUGGAGCCCCUGUCUUCUACAUCAACAUGUACAUCAGUGUCCUACUUAUGGGCUACAUCGCCAUCAGCAGGUACAUGAAGAUCUUUCAUCAUCUGAGGACUUCCUUCCUGAUGACGGCUCGAGCUGCCCGCUUCCUCUCAGGAGCCACCUGGGUUUUCUCCCUGGUUCCAAUGCUUGUAUACAUCAUCCUGAUGCUGAACACAGACAGAUCUACUUUUUCUGGUGCCAGAAUUUGUGAUGUCUUGCAGAGUGAAUCAGUCAAAGUACUCUACAAGGUUUUCCAUGCUGGUGCUGCCAUCAUCUUCCUGUCAGUGCUCUCCUCUCUGGUCUUCUGCUACUGCAGCGCCUCCCGCAGGGUUUUCCAGAUCCAGCGGAGGCAAGAAGGCUCCUCCAACUGCAAGAAGCUUGUGAAGUCUCGCAGGAACAUGUUGGUGUUAGUCAGUGUGUUCUGCAUUUGCUUUCUUCCCUAUCAUCUGGUUCGACUUCCGUACAUCAUACUUCAAGGACAGUGUUCUGUGCUGCUCUAUUACCUGAAGGAGGUGACUGUCCUAAUAUCGGUUUUUAAUGUCUGUCUAGAUCCUCUGAUUUACGUCUUUCUUUGUAAGGAGUUCAGGGCCCAGUUGAACCUGCAGCACAUGUUCUCCACUACAAAAGACAACUCAAGCAUCUCAGUUUCAGAGGCUAAAGAUGAAACUGAGGAAUGGGAAACCAACAGACCCAGCAGUGAAAACACAGAAUCCCAUGAACUGAGAUAAAAAGAAAUGGAUGGAUGUAAUCAGGAUUGUUCUGGUUCUGGAAACCACAGACAGUUUGUCACCCAAAAAACUGAAUUCAAGACACAGAAAGCUGUGAAGUAUGAAAGCGUAGGUGUCAUGGUAUGGAGAGUCUUCUUUUACCAUGGUAUCAAGUUUGAAUGCUUCAAAAUAAAGAGACCUAAACUAAAAUUUAGUUCAGUUACUGACAGGAAAGUUCACUGAUUAGAAGACUUUUCAUUUUAUAGCAAAUGUUUGAGCUUGUAAAGAAAAAAUGCUGCAGCUGCAUUUUAUGGUUAAAUGAAACCAAAUACAGUAAAAAUUUUCUUCAUCUUUAGAUUUGAAACAAGUUGAACUUUGUUUGCAUUUGAAU